UGCACAUGCGCAAUCGCACAAAAUCAUCUGUCAUCCACGAAAACAUUUGCUUUAGGUUAAAAUUAGUUACAUUGCAUCAAAUUCCACAUCAUUCUUAUAAAUUCUAAAUAAAACUAGCGUAAGUCUACGCCAAGAAAAACUACGAUGGCUUACUCGCAGACUAACAGCGAUUACUGGCAGCCGGGCGCGCGCCCAGGUCAACAAGACUUCUACAAUAAUCCUGAGAUGGAAUAUUCUGCAAUGCAAUCUCAAAAAUUAGACUUUCAAAACUUCAAUGAUGAAAACUCCACAUAUUAUAAUAACACAACAUCAAAGUCCUACAUGGAGCCCUAUCAACAAUCACAAUAUCCAGAGAUGUUUACCCCAAUGGCAUCAGAUUUCAAUCAAGAUCAAGAUGAAGAUGAACCACCACUACUCGAAGAACUUGAAAUAUACCCGGACAGAAUCAUGGAGAAGACUCUAGCAGUAUUAAACCCAUUCAGAACACAUAGUCUUGCAGAUGAUGCUGAAUUUCUCUGCAAACAAACUGAUUUGGCUGGGCCUAACUUUUGCUUGGUAUUAGCAUGUUGUUUGUUCAUCUCAGGUAGUAAGGCACAUUUUGGGUACAUCUAUGGCCUAUCUGUGACCUCUUGCUUGUUGAUGUAUGCUCUCUUAACAUUAAUGACUGCAGCUGCUGAUUGUUUUACACUGGCAAGUGUUGCAAGUAUUUUGGGUUAUUGUUUACUACCUAUUGUUGGAUUAUCAGUAAUCGGGAUCUUUGUAUCGCUACAUAGCAGUAUUGGUAUUAUCAUUGCGAUAUGCGCGGUUUUAUGGUCGAGUUUAUCAGCAAGCCGGCUUUUUGUCGCGAUGUCUGGAGAUGCUGAACAAAGACCUUUGAUUGCUUACCCGUGCGCGUUGGUGUCCGGCGUUUUUGCACUUUUGAUUAUAUUUUAAACAUUUGCAAAUAAAUAAUUAAACUAUUAUAAACUAUUAAAAUGUAAGAAUUAAUAAAAAAAAUUAAAAUGG